GUUUAUAGGUGAGGUUUAUGAAACAAAGCGUGUGUCUUCUCUUUGGUGACUGAAGUCGGUCUCCUGAUGAAUGGAGCUUUUUCUUUGGAGGCGCCAAACGCGUCAUGAGUUGCGCCGCUCGCCCUCGGGGUCCAGCUCACUGUGUCACCAGUGUAACAACUACAACAAUCUCCCACAGGGUGUUUUUAAGUGUUAGCGGUGGGAUUUCGGGAGAGAUGCCGUCCAAUAAGAGUGUCUCAGACGCCCCAAUCACACAGUUUGUGAACUGUAGGAUACUGAAAGACCACAGACUACAAUGGGAAGACCUGUGGGUCCGCGAGGGCAAGAUUCUGAACCCAGAGAAGCUGUUUUUCGAUGAAGAGGGUUAUGCCGAUCACAAAGUUGACUGCGGGAAAAAAAUCAUUGCACCUGGAUUCAUAGAUGUACAGAUAAAUGGUGGAUAUGGCAUCGACUUCUCCCAGGCCAGUGGUGACAUCAGAAGAGGCGUGGCUCAGGUGGCCAAAAAGAUUCUAGAACACGGGGUCACUUCCUUCUGCCCGACCCUGGUCACAUCUCCACCGGACAUAUACCAUAAGGUCAUUCCUGAGCUCAGAGUUCAGGACGGUGGGCCUGAAGGGGCAGGAGUUUUAGGUAUUCAUCUGGAGGGGCCGUUCAUCAGUGAACAGAAGAGAGGCGCUCACCCUCCUAAGUUCCUCCGCACUUUUAAAGCGGGGGGCGUGGCCGACCUGAUGGAGACUUAUGGGCACCUCGACAAUGUCGCCUUGGUGACCCUUGCACCAGAACUAGCCAAUAGCGCGGCUGCAAUCCGUGAGCUGUCAGGAAGAGGCAUAGUGGUGUCACUUGGUCACUCUAUGGCUGAUCUCUCUCAGGCUGAAGAGGCUGUGCAGAAUGGAGCCAUGUGCAUAACGCACUUAUUUAAUGCCAUGUUGCCUUUUCAUCAUAGAGACCCGGGCAUUGUGGGAUUGCUUACAAGUGAUCGUAUUCCACCAGGUCGGAUGGUUUACUACGGUAUGAUCGCAGACGGGAUACACACACACCCUGCAGCACUGCGCAUCGCAUACAGAGCUCAUCCUGCUGGGUUGGUGCUGGUCACUGACGCUGUGACAGCGAUGGGUCUGCCUCCUGGUCAACACUCACUCGGACAGCAGCAGAUUGACAUCCAGGGCCUUCAUGCUUACGUCGCAGGCACUACAACUCUGAGUGGCAGCAUUGCGACCAUGGACAUGUGUGUGAGACACUUCAGAGAGGUGUCAGGCUGUACAGUAGAAGCUGCAUUAGAAGCUGCAUCGCUGCAUCCUGCUCAGCUGCUGGGUAUCAGUCACAGGAAGGGAACUCUGGAGUUCGGCACUGAUGCAGAUUUCAUUGUGCUUGAUGACACACUGACAGUCAGGGAAACCUACAUUGCUGGACAGCAGGUCUGGAGGAAGUGACAUCAUCCAGAGGACUGUCUUCGGCUGGGAUCGUUAAGAGUUUUUUGGUGGUCAAUUGCAUGGAGUCCGCAUUUGAGAUGGAUCACGGUGUCUGUGUUUCGAAACAAAGUGACUGGCUCGGUUUGAGACACCAUACGGUAUUUCUCUCACCAUCCUCCAUCAUCUCCACCGGGGGCGUCAGUGCA